UCCCCCUUUAAGGAUGAAGCAGUCUUCCGAUUCUCAAAUUGGUUCAAGAAAUUGGGUGACGAAGAUAAGGACAAGGAGGCAGAGGAGAAAGAGAAAGAACUCGCGGAAAUUGCCGAAACUAGAUUUCUGGAAAACAAGCAAAAAUUCCGAAGCUUGCUUAUCGAAAGGAAAUUCUCCGCAGAAGAAUGGACACUCAUGAAGCAAUUCCUUGACUACCCAGAGCUAGCAGCGAUCGUGGUCAAAAUGCGUCGAUCUCAAGGAGUUCCAGGACUCAGACAAAAUAGACGACGCUGCCUUACCUGUGAGGAAUCACUGGCAGGGAUGCCACUGACCGCACACAAAACAGAGAAUUGUUCCAUCCCAUAUGAAAGCCGAAUUCUGGUCAGUAAGCGACUGUUUGGACAGAGAAAAUGUUACGGAUGUGGACGAAUGAAGGAGGAUGGAAAUUGCAAUUGUAAGAGUGUGCCAUGUCGCAGAUGCUGGAGAUGGAACGUGCCAGAAUCAUUUCCACAUCUUCAAGUAAUGGGAACAUGUCAGAUGGUGUGGAAAAUCAGACAGGAGACCGGACACGUUCCUACUGAACACGAGAUCUCGGAUUAUACAAAGCGAAACGACAAGAUAGCUUCAAUAAUUCAACACAAGUUGGAAAAGUUUGUGGCAGAGACAGAAAGAGAACUUGUGGAUGCGGGAAGAGCGAGCAAUCAGAAAACGGAGGCCGAAUUGUGGUGGGUGGCCGAUAAGUAUAGGACGCUCGCUUUCAGCAUUCCCUGGCACGGUGCCAAGGGAUAUUUUCGAAAAAUUUCGAAACUUUUCGAAAGUCCAGAGACUAUAUAA